GUGAAAUUUCAAUCAAUUAAACCCAUUUUUAACAAUAACGUUCAACGGUAUACAUAAUUACCCGUAAAUGUCAGGGAAUUAUUAUUUUGUUAUAGUUGGACAUUAUGAUAAUCCCCUCUUUGAAUUAGAAUUUAAAUGCAAUCCGACUACUUCUGAAUACAAAGAGGAUCAAAGGCAUUUAAAUCAAUUUAUAGCUCAUGCAGCUCUGGAUCUUGUUGAUGAACACAUGUGGGCUACAAACAACAUGUAUUUGAAAACAAUAGAUAAAUUUAAUGAAUGGCUUGUUUCAGCAUUUGUUACAGCUGGAAAGAUAAAAUUUUUGAUGUUACAUGAUCUUAAAAUUGAGGAUGGUAUAAAGAAUUUCUUCUAUGACAUUUAUGAAAUAUACAUCAAGUUCAUGCUUAAUCCUUUUUAUGAAGUAAAUACUCCCAUAAUAUCUACAUCAUUUGAAAAAAAAGCAUUAUCAAUAGCUAGAAAACAUCUUACUUUAUAGUAUUAUAUUUAUUAUUACUAAUAAAAUG